GCACUAUUAAACUCUGCAUUAAAGGAUCAAUUGGCUGAAUUAACACGAAAAUUAGGUGAAAUUGAAAAACGUCAGAAUCAAGAAGCAGCUCUUUUACAAAAUGUUGUUCAUAUGGAUGCAUUACGUGGUUUAGUAUUUUGGCAUACAUUAGGCAAAUCAAUUACUGGAGUAGAUUAUUUAACUGCUUAUUCACAAGUCAAUACUACUAACAAUAAUAAUGGUAAUGGUAAUGGUAAAUCACAUCAUGUCAAUACUAUUGAUAAUAAUCUAAUGAAAGAGGAAUCAAAUCGUUUAACAAAGUGUUUACCAGAAGAAUUUCUUGAAUGUCCAGAUCCGGAUCUAUCGUCUACACUUCGAAAACUUGGAAAUGUAGCCUCUGGAUUUGAUUCAGUAGUUAAUCGAAUUGAACAACUUGAAAUCUCUGUUCAUCAAGACACAGAUUUAGAAAAGGGAAUUAUAAAACAAAAACCUGAUCGUAGUGAACUAGAAGGUUUGGGUGUACCAACAGAAUUAUAUGAAAAACUAUAUAGUUUAGAAGCCAUUGUUAAAGAGUUAGCCAAAGAAAGAGAAAAGAUUUAUGUGGAUUGUGGAACAUCGCCUCAUAUGCCUUAUCCGUCUGAUGAUAAGAAAUUAUUGAAAAAACUACAAAAUACCAUGUCAGUAUUACAAGAACAAAUUAAUCAAUUGAAUAAUACUGUUACUAAUGUACAAUCACAAUUUAAAAAACUCCAUGAAACUGUUAAGGAUGUUAAACAGUAUGCAGAUGAUUUGGAAACGCGUAAAGCAGAUGCAAAUUAUGUUGACACACAAUUAGACAAGAAAGCUGAUCGAGAAGAUGUAAAAAGUUUCAUUAAUCGAUUAGAAUUUGAUAGUACAAAUCAAACACUUGAAAAAUUAAUUGAAGAUCUAUUCGCCAAGUUAAAUGUAACGGAAAAUGAACUCAAAUCAUUAUUAAACGAUUUACAAGAAACUAUGGAAAAUAAAUUAGAUCGUGAUGAAAUGGAACAAUUAAGAGAAUGGUUAGAGAAACGAUUUAAAUCAAUGAAUAAACGUUUGAAUUCAUUUACACAUGAUACAUCACCAACUAGACAAAUAACAGAUGAUGCUGCUGGUUUAAAACGUAGUCUUAUGCAACAUUAUCAUUGUAUAUCAUGUGAUCGUCCAUUAGAGGUUGCUUUAAGUCAAGAAUAUUUAGGCAGUUACCCAGCUGAUAGUCGAGGAUUUCCAAUGAAUAAAUCUAUACGACCAUAUACUACAUUCGAUUUGGAAAGUUUACGUCAUCAAAUACAAACACGAUCUAAUAAAGCAUUUUAUGUAGAUCCACCAUAUAGACGUUAUAAUUGUAAUUAUUAUGAUGUUUAUGGUGGUACACCACGUCAAUGUGGUGGAACGCAUACAACUGCACCAUCGUCCAAAAGGAAAUCACGUGCAACAACGUGUAAAAGCUCUCUUCAUGAUGGUGAUGUCACAACAAAGUCUUCCAUUCCAUAUACUCACAGAGAAACUCUUAAUUUACAAGGUAUGGAUGGUCAUAUCUAUCGUGGUUCGCCAAUACAAGAAGGUCAACAUUUAGCAAAUAAUAAUGAUUUGUCAGCGGGGAAAGAUGAAGAGAAUCUAGAUAAAGAUUCUGAUCGAAAUGAAAAGCUACCACCAGUUUCAAAGUCAAGUCGUUAUGUUAAUACAGUAACAGCACGACCUCAAGUUGCUUAUAAAUAUAUUGGUUCAGAGAGACGUGAAAAAAGUCAAUCACCUCAACGUAUAAAACGUGUUAAUUCAGAUGAAUUUCCAUUAAAACAAUUCAAUUCAAAUGGUAUAGAACAUUUACCUCAAUUAAUAAUUGGUUCAACACAAUUACCUAAUCAACGUCAACGUAAAAUUCCAUUAAAUCAAUCAAAUUCUAAAUUAAUUAAUGAACAUAUAUCAGUUAAAUCGAAUGGUUAUGCUGUAAUUGUUGUACCAAAUACUGGAACAAUAGAACAAGAAACUCCAGAGCUGAAAACAGAAAAUGGUUGGAUUGCUGAAAGGUUGAACAAUGAAUUAAAUGAAGAUUCAUCUCCAACUGGUAAAGAGAAGCAUAGUUCAACUUAUCCAAGUCCAGCUACAAAUGAUAAUGAUGAAGGAGAAGAGGAAAUAGAACUAGUUACAAUAGAACAAACUUCACCAGAUGUGAAUAUUACAGUAGAUG